AUGAUUCGUCGGUCUCCUGGAACAACAUCGAUUUCUUUUCCGAAAAUCAAACUUUGCUCACAAUCCAUGCAUUCUAGGCGGUCUCUGGAAGCGAGAUAUCCAAAUAUCGACUUUAAAAUACUCAUCCAGCUUUAUGGCAUCUUCCAUAAAAUCGAGAAUAUGUCGGCAGAAGAAUAUGCAAUGGCAUAUCUCCAAGAUCCUCGUAAAAUCCUCGAAAUCGAGGAAAACCUUCAAGAACCCUGGACGACAUUGAACAAAAUUGACCUCGAUGAAUUCAUGGCGAAUACAAGGCCUGAAUACAUAUUGAGGACUUGUAAGUUAAACAGCUACGAUUGCAAGCACUUUUGGCGAUUCGAAAAGUCGCUGAUUGGACAUUGUCUAGCUUUCGAUCCAAAUCCACUCAUCGCCUCGUCGAACAUGCGAAAGGUCUCCCUCAGCCUCUCCGUCGUCCAAAACGAAAGCGACAUCACUUACGGCUGGAAUGGCUACGUUACUGGCUACGGAAUCUAUUACAUGCACUUUGCAGAUAACGUUGAAGAUCAACUCCAUGAAAUACUUGUUUCGGAAAGUGUUACGCCAAUUGUCACUUUUCAAAAUGUCCAGAGAAAGUUUUUAAAUAAACCAUUCACGGAGUGCAAGCCAAGUUUGGCGACUAACAAUUUCAGCGACAUGGAACAUCAUUUUGAGCAUCGAGAACAUCAUGAGUUUUACUCCCAGGGAAUCGUCAUCAAACAACUAUUUACUGAGUUAACAUCGUUAAUCCGCCUAUCACUGAGAGCCCCCCUUUUUCGUCUCAAACUUGACAUCUGCAGCGUUUGUGGAUGCUUUCCGAACUACAUCGCUAUCGCCCGUGAAAUGAAGCCGCUCAACUGCACGAAAAAAUGCACCUUCUUCCGCCAUGCAACUUGCGCCUCAAGAAUGAUCAACAAUCGUGAGUGGAUUACUGACUGUCUCCCGGCAUGUGACAGUUUCUCCUUUUCUCAAGAGUCCAUUCAGUACGCUCAGCUAAAUACUAAGAUUUCCCAAGCAAUAAAACGAAACGACCCAGACAUGAGCAUGAAUUCCAUUGUCAUCAAUUUGGCGGAGGAAACGAAUGUUCUCGAAGAAGAACAAGCAACUUAUACCACUCCUCAAUUUAUCUCGGACGUUGGUGGUUCUGCUGGACUGGUUCUUGGAAUCAAUAUGUUAUCGAUUCUGACAUUCGGUCAACGCAUCAUCGAAUUCUUCAUCAAAGGAGGAUUCAACAGCAAACGAGGAGAUGGCGACUCUCCAGAGAAAAUCUUCGGAGUCGGGACCGACAAACGACCCAGCCACGUGACGGACGAAUUGCUGCUUAUUUCUGAGCAGCGGCGGAUUCGGGCAAAUCAGCUGAAAUGGAAGAAACAGGCGGAAAUGAUGGAGGAAGCGCGAAAAAAUUUCCGCGAUCGGCUUUUGGCAGAAGACGAAGAAGAGUAUAGAAUUCCAAAGCUCAUUUUCGCCCCGCAAAAUAUCGGCGAAAGACAAAUCGACGAGAGAAUCGUCCUGACUCGAAGGGAUGAAGAAAUAACAAUUGAGCCAAAGCCUCGAAGAUCUCCAUUUUCAAUGAACCUUUGA